GCGAAAUAAACGCGCGACAACCUUCGACGAUAAUAGGCGAUAAUAACGUUUCAAUAAGUCCGAUAAACAAACACGUUUUAAUCGUGUUUAUUGACAGUGGUGUUAAAGGAAAGGUUUUUUUCUCGCGAUAUUGGAUUCGCAUUUCAAACACCUGAAAUGGUCUUGAGCAGCGUACGAUUCAUGAGACAGCAACGCUUUUGCAGAUGUCGCAAGAGGUACAAGAAUGCCCAUCAUAACACUUACUCAACAGAAGCCGCUUUGAUCACUCCUUUGGACGAGGCCAAACGAUUUAUGGUGGACUGUUUCGUUGCCGUUAAAACAUCUCAAGAUAAUGCACAAAUAAUCGCGGAUAAUCUGGUUGAAGCUGAUUUCCGAGGGCAUUACAGUCAUGGCAUGAACAGACUCGACAUGUACAUCAGAGAUAUACAGCACGGUACCACCGAUCCCAAUGCCAAACCGGAAAUAGAAAAGCAAACGGCAGCUACAGUUCUCGUAAAUGGACAUAACGGGAUGGGAGCGGUAGUAGGGAAGAAAUGUAUGGAGUUUGCGAUCGAUAAGGCCCGUGAGACUGGAGUGGGAGUAGUCGUGGCUCAUUCUUCCAACCAUUACGGGAUAGCCGGGAUAUACGCCCAACAGGCCAUCAAGGUAGGCCUGAUCGGUAUGAGUUUUACUAAUACGUCGCCCUUAAUGACGCCUACCAGAGCCAAACAGGCUACGCUGGGCACGAAUCCAAUGGCGCUUGGGGCUCCUGCUCUCAAUGGAGACUAUUUUCUUUUGGACAUGGCCACAACUGGAGCCGCAUUGGGGAAGAUAGAAUUAGCAAAAAGGAAACAGCAACCGUUGCCGAUUGGUUGGGCUUUGAACGACGAAGGCAAACCGGAAACGAAUGCGGAAAUCGCUUACAAUGCGAUGCAGUUGAUGCCCCUGGGAGGCACCGAAUUGAAUUCUGGAUAUAAAGGAUACGGUCUGUCGAUGCUAGUGGAAGUACUCUGUGGUAUGCUCUCUGGGUCUGCUUAUGGUCCCAAUAUCAGGAAAUGGGGGAAAUCGGACAAAAUUGCCAAUUUGGGACAAUGUUUUAUCGCGAUCGAUCCCAAAGUGUUCGCCCCAGGUUUCGAGCAACGCAUGACCGACCUCAUGGGUUACAUACGAAAGCUGAGCCCAGUCGAUCCUAAGUUGCCCGUUCUUGUUCACGGCGACCCCGAAAGGAAUCACAUGAACAAAGUCUGCCAGGAGGGAGGUCUGCGGUACGUGGAGAAUCAGCACAAAACCAACGCAAAACUGGCGGACCAAUUGAAAAUUACGCCCAUGGUGUCGAAGAGUUGUUAGAGCUGUCCAAACGUAGAGUAUCUGUUGAAUAUUAAACGUACAAGAGGAAAUAAAUAAUUGC